CUGGAUUUAGGAUGAAGGUCUUGGGAGUCACAUGGAGCAAAGUUUUUGAUUGAUGUCCAGAAUCCAUUACUACACUUUUCUCAGGCGUGUAGAGUAGUACUGAACUUUGAUGCUGCUUCUGAAUGCAGCCGAUUCGUAGAUUGUUUUUAAAUUGCAUUCAUUUGUUGUGGUGAAUUUGUCUGCUGCUUUUUCAUCAUGUUUCAAGCCUCCAGCCGGCGUCAAUUCGUUUAAACUUCUUCUCUUGCAACUUUGAAGACUCUUAAGAAGACCAUCGAAAUGACUGAGGAAAGCAAAGCCGAACACAGAGCCGAAAGUGGGAAAGAUUUAGAGAAACAGCUCCGUUUGCGAGUUUGUGUUUUGAACGAACUUUUGAAGACCGAACGGGAUUAUGUUGGGACGCUGGAGUUUCUCUCGGUACUUCUUCAUCGCCUCAAUCAGUAUGCUGUUUCUAAAAUUGAUAAGAAUAUCACAGAGGAAACUGUCAAGGUGCUGUUUUCUAACCUGGAAGAGAUCCUGUCUGCACACAGGGACUUCCUGUCCAUGGUUGAAGAGCUUCUGCAGCCCGACCCCAACCCGUAUCAUGAAGUGGGACGCUGCUUCCUGCACUUUAGAGGAAGGUUUCAGAUUUACGACGAGUACUGUGGGAAUCAUGAGAAAGCCCAGAGGCUUCUGCUGGAGCUCAAUAAGAUCAGGACAGUACGCACGCUUCUGCUGAACUGCAUGUUGCUGGGCGGCAGGAAGAACACAGAGGUUCCUUUGGAGGGAUACUUGGUUGCACCCAUCCAGAGGAUCUGUAAAUAUCCAUUACUCCUGAGAGAGCUGCUGAAAAGAACCCCAAAGAAACACAACGACUACUUGAUGGUGCAGGAGUCGCUGCAGGUGAUGAAAGCUGUUUGCUCUAAUAUUAAUGAGGCCAAAAGGCAGAUGGAGAAGCUGGAGGUGCUGGAAGAGUGGCAGUCUCAUAUUGAGGGCUGGGAGGGCUCCAACAUCACAGACAGCUGUACGGAGAUGCUCAUGCAGGGAGUUCUGCUGAAGAUCUCUGCGGGGAACAUCCAGGAACGCAUCUUCUUCCUCUUUGACAACUUGCUGGUGUACUGUAAGAAGAAGAACAGGCGCUUGAAAAACAGUAAGACGGCCACUGAGGGUCCUCGUUACCUGUUCCGAGGCCGAAUCAACACAGAGGUCAUGGAGGUGGAGAAUGUGGAUGAUGGAACAGCGGAUUACCACAGCAGCGGGAACAUCGUGAACAACGGCUGGAAGAUCCAUAACACAGCGAAGAACAAGUGGUUCGUCUGCAUGGCGAAGACGCCGGAGGAGAAGCAGGAGUGGCUGGAGGCCAUAUUAAAAGAGAGAGAAAGACGAAAAACAUUGAGACUGGGCAUGGAGCAGGACACCUGGGUGAUGAUAUCUGAGAAAGGCGAGAAGCUUUAUAACCUCAUGAGUAAACAGGGCCACCUCAUUAAGGACCGCAAGCGCAAACUCACCACCUUCCCCAAGUGCUUCCUUGGAAGUGAGUUUGUGUCUUGGCUGAUGGAGAUUGGAGAGACCAAUAACCCUGAGGAAGGGGUUCAUUUGGGCCAGGCUCUCCUGGAAAACGGCAUCAUCCACCACGUCACAGACAAGCACCAGUUUAAGCCGGAGCCGGUGCUCUAUAGGUUCCGCUAUGAUGACGGCACAUACCACCCUCGCAGCGACAUGCAGGAUGUCAUCUCCAAGGGUGUGAGGCUGUUCUGCAGACUCCAUAGUUUAUUCACACCGGUGAUCAGGGAUAAGGAUUAUCAUCUACGAACGUAUAAAUCGGUGGUGAUGGCCAACAAGCUGAUAGACUGGCUCAUAGCACAGGGUGACUGCCGAAGCAGAGAAGAGGCGCUGAUCUUGGGGGUGGAGUUGUGUGACAAUGGAUUCAUGCAUCACGUUUUGGAAAAAAGCGAAUUUAAGGACGAGCCUCUUCUGUUUCGCUUCUUUGCCGACGAGGAGAUGGAGGGUUCCAACACCAAACACAAGCCCAUAAAGCACGAUCUAAAAAUAGUGGAGAAUGUCAUCGCCAAGUCGCUGCUGAUAAAGCCAAGUGAAGGAGGCUAUGGCUUCACGCUAGAAGACCGAAACAGAGUGCCCAUCGUCAAAUCAGUGGAGAAAGGUUGCCAUGCUGAGAUGGCUGGUCUGGAAGUGGGGAAAAAGAUCUUUGCUAUUAAUGGGGACCUGGUCUUCUUGAGACCUUUCCAGGAAGUGGAAAACUUCCUAAAGCAGUGCUUCCACAGCAAAGGUCCCCUCAGAGUACUGGUCAGCACCAAACCCAGAGAGACUGUGAAGAUCCCAGACUCCGCAGACGGAUUGGGCUUUCAGAUCCGGGGGUUCGGGCCAUCUGUGGUGCAUGCGGUUGGCAGAGGCACCGUUGCGGCAGUCGCAGGCCUUCACCCGGGUCAAUGCAUUAUUAAAGUGAAUGGCAUCAAUGUGAGCAAAGAAAGCCACGCCAGUGUCAUCGCCCACGUCACAGCCUGCAGGAAGUACCGGCAUCCCACACAGCAAGACUCCAUUAAAUGGGUGUACAACAACAGUGAGAGUGCACAGGAAGACCACCAGAGAACCAAUCAGAAGCCCGCCGCAGGGGAGAACGGAGAUGUGUUUGAGUGUAAAGUUGAAGAAGUCAUGGACAAGUUCAACACAAUCGCCAUAAUAGAUGGAAAAAAAGAUCACGUCAGCCUGACGGUGGAUAACGUGUAUCUGGAGUACGGCGUCAUGUACGAGUACGACAGUACGGCUGGGAUGAAGUGUCAUGUCUUGGAGAAAAUGGUGGAACCAAAAGGCUUUUUCAGCCUCACGGCCAAGAUUUUAGAAGCCUUGGCCAGGAACGAUGAGCAGUUGGUGCAGACUUGCAGUCGACUGAGCUCCAGCACAGAGCUCAUCCCUGAGGACCUACAAACCAGGUUCAGUGCAAUGUGCGGCGAGAGACUGGAGCAUAUCAAUCGAAGAAUCACCAAUUACAGGAAGUUUUCACGGGUUUUGAAGAACAGGGCCUGGCCCACGUUCAAGCAGGCGAAGACCAAGGUUUCCCCUCUACACAGCAGUGACUUCUGCCCUACCAACUGUCACAUCAAUGUAAUUGAGGUGUCUUAUCCCAAGACCACUACUUCCCUUGGAAGUGCCUUCGGAGUCCAGCUGGAUAACAGGAAGAACACACUGGAGAAAGGAGGCCGCAAUUCAGAGCAGGGCAAGCUGAACCCUAUGGUUUACGUCCAGCAUAGUAUCACCAGCAUGGCCGCCCCUUCAGGACACAGUCUGAGCAGGGCAGAAGGUCACGGUCUGCGCUUCCUGCUCCGAGAGGACGACCUGCUCAUCCUGGACGCCUACCACAAACUUCUGACCAAACUCACCACUGUCGUCAAAGAGAUGGAGUGCUACGCCGCCCAGAUUCAUGAUUUGCUCUCCUCUAUUACACAUCCCACAGGGUCUGAAGGGAAGCCCACUGAGAGCUACAUUUCAGCUGAGAGUGAGAGCGAGAAAAGUGAACGCAAUGGGAAGAAAGUGUGUUUUAAUGUGACCGGAGACGAGCAGGAGGACUCGGGUCACGACACCAUCAGCAACAGGGACUCCUAUAGUGAUUGUAACAGUAACAGGAACUCUAUAGCGUCGUUCACCAGCAUCUGUAGCAGUCACUGCAGCUCUUAUGUGCACAGCGACGAGAUGGACUCAGGUGACGAGAUGCCAACCAGUGUAUGGAUAUCUCAUGACAAGCAGAAAAAGCUACACGGCUUCCUGGAGCAUCUGUUCAGUCAGGUGGAGUCCAUCACCAGUUUGUUGAAAGGGGCAACUGUGACACGAGCCUUUGAACAGACCAAGUGUUUCACUCCGGGACGAGGACUUCAAGAGUUUCAUCAGGACAUGGAGCCAAAGCUCAACUGCACCAAGAAACUGCGGCUUCACGUCAAGCAGGAUCCGUGGAACCUGCCCAGCAGCGUUCAGGCUCUCACACACACCAUCGCCAAGUUUGUGGAAGAGGUGAAAACGCGCCUAUUGUUGGUCCUGCUGCAAUACACAGACUCAGAGAUUCAGUUAAGGAGAGAUAUGGUGUUCAGUCAGAGUCUGGUGGCAGCGGUUUGUUCUUUCUCAGAGCAGUUGUUGGCUGUGCUAAAUCAAGCUCUCAGCGCUGAGAGUGAAAGUCAGGAAGCCAGUCGCCGCUGGCUGGAGCAGAUCUCCUCCGCUGGUCUUCUGUUGCAUUUCCAAUCCCUGCUCUCCCCCAACUUGACGGAUGAGCAGGCCAUGCUAGAAGACACACAAGUUGCUCUCAUAGACCUGGAGAAGGUCACCUUCUAUUUCCGGCAGUUUGAAGGAGAGCCUCUUGUUGCUAACAUGCCCAUCUCAUACCAAGUUGAGGGCACACGACAGGCUUUGAAGGUCUGUUUUUACCUGGAGGCAUUCUACUUCCAGCAGUUACCCCAGAGACUAAGGCACGGUGGAAGCUUCAAAAUCUACCCCAUCCUGUUCACCCAGGCCUUGGAGAGCAUGGAGGGAUAUUAUUACCGAGAAAAUGUGUCAGUGGAAGAGUAUCAGGCCCAAAUCAAUGCUGGAUCCCUGGAGAAGGUCAAGCAGUACUACAAGAGACUCCGGGCCUUUUAUCUGGAUAAAUCGAACCUUCCCCCCAGCUCGGCUCCCAAAGCAGCCUUCAUAGACAAGCUGAUGCGUCCUCUGAAUGCUCUGGAUGAGUUGUACAGACUGAUGGAAAGUUUUAUCUCGUGUCGGCGGACGGCUGCGUGCCAGUUCACAGCCUGUGGAGCGUCUGGAGUCGGGCUGCUCACCGUGGCCUCGGAGCUGUGCAGCCGCCUGGGAGCUUGUCACAUCGUCAUGUGUAACAGCGGAGUACACCGUUGUACUCUGAGUGUCACGCUGGAACAGGCCAAUCUUCUGGCCCGCAAUCACGGCUUGCCCCCACGAUGCAUCAUGCAGGCCACUGACGUUAUGAGGAAGCAGGGAGCAAGAGUGCAGAAUUCGGCCAAGAACCUGGGAGUGAGAGACCGCACCCCAUCGACAGUGCCAAGAUUGUACAAACUGUGCCAGCCUCCUCCUCCUGACAGCGACCCCUGAACCCAAGUCUUCAACAGAUCUGGACCAUCUUUGGUUCAUCUCCAGAUGACACACACACACACUGUCCACGUCAAGAGAGUGUCUGGACGUUCACCCUCACUCCUGCUCAGAGGCAGAUCUGUCACCUCUCAACUCAAAGGAUUCACAGCGUAAUAUCUAUUGACUUUUGUCAUAGCUUUUUAAAGGCACCAUUAUUUUUUUAUUUCAUGCUUUGCUACGGCGCAUCUUAUUCUAGACCGGAUCAAACAAACAGGAUGUCUGAUCUCCCAGCUGCUGUCAAGUCAUUCACAAAAAUAGAAUGUCAAUCACAAUGUCUGUUUCAAAUAACUUUAUUCGUCAUGUAAAAAAAUAAUUGCACAGUGCUUUAGUCUCUGUAUGUUAAGGCGUAACUUUUGUUUAUAAUUCCUAUUUGGGCAUAGCAUCCAAAAGCCUCAUUGCAACUGUAUGUGCAUUUUUACUUCAUCUAUUUUCAUAUAAAUCUUUAACAUAUGUAUAGGUUUGGCUUUCACAUUAUUAGGUUUCUCAACUUAGAGUUUAUUAACACCAUAGUGCAUUAAGCUACAUGUUGCAGUCUUAGUGCUGCAGUCUCAGUGAAUAUGGAGUGACAUACAGUACUGGAAAGUUCAUGCGGCACGGUCAUCAGUGUUAUAGAUUUAUAUAUUUGUCACACUUACAUAGGUAUAUAAGUCAUUUUGUCUCCACAUUUAAAAUAUUCAGUACUCAGGAGUUGUUGUUGUAUGUUAUAUUAAUGUUGCUUAAAAUAACCAAUUAAUCAAUCAUUACUAUGCAAUACUGAGAAACCGCUCUAAACAGGAAUUGUUUAUUAACUCAAAGUUCCAUUAAGUUCCAUUUCGAGAAAUGAAGAUAUUUUAUACAAUACAUCUGUCAGAAUUAAUAUGCUCUAGAUAAAAGCAGUCGGAAGGGAACAUAAAUGCAUGUGAAAAUAUUACUGUAAAAAAGUUUUCACUGAAAAAGACAGUUAUUUAUUUUGUCAUAAAACUAACCCAUUUUGAGAUUUUCCAAAUACAUUUAUCUAUGUAUCUUUUUUAACCUGAAAACCAGGUUGAUUUCCCCAUUAUUACAAUAAAUUGUAAUGUCAAAUUGUAAUUAAUUUCAAAUAAAAAUGUUUAAAAGAAAA